ACCGCCGCGUAGUGAAGUGGAUGUUUUGGUGAACAAAUAUCGCGUCGAAAAGGGACUUAAACACGUUUAAAACAUGACAUUUCGACCGUGUGCGACUUAAAGGGUUGCAGCGAAGGCAACUGAGGGCGUUUUCAGUUAAGGUUUCGGGUUAUCUGUUCGUCUGUAUUCCUCCGCAUGUCCGCUUUCUCCGUAGAUGGUCUCCGGCGAGCGUUGUCUGGCGGCGGACGACGAGUUCUCGACGAAUAACAUGAAGGAGAUGAUUGGGGGUUGCUGUGUUUGCUCAGACGAGAGAGGCUGGGCAGAAAACCCGCUGGUGUACUGCGACGGACACGGCUGCAACGUCGCCGUGCAUCAAGCCUGCUAUGGAAUCGUGCAGGUGCCCACUGGUCCAUGGUUCUGCAGAAAGUGUGAAUCUCAGGAGAGAGCAGCCCGUGUGAGAUGUGAGCUGUGUCCCCACAAAGAUGGAGCCCUAAAGAGGACAGACAACGGAGGCUGGGCCCAUGUAGUUUGUGCCCUUUACAUACCUGAAGUGGAAUUUGCUAAUGUGUCGACUAUGGAGCCCAUAGUACUUCAAUCUGUGCCACACGAGCGAUAUAACAAGACAUGUUAUAUCUGUGAGGACCAGGGAAGAGAGAGUAAAGCAGCCACUGGAGCAUGUAUGACCUGCAACAAACAUGGCUGCAGGCAGGCCUUCCAUGUCACAUGUGCCCAGUUUGCAGGACUGUUAUGUGAGGAACAAGGAUCGGAUGCAGACAAUGUAAAGUACUGUGGAUAUUGCAAAUACCACCACAGCAAACUGAAACACAAGGAACGAGACAGGCACAAACCGAAACACAAGAAGACCUCCAUGGACAUGUCACCCUCCCUCGUCCUUCCGAACAUCAUGGUCCCAGACAAGGCAUACAACAGCAGCAGCUCAGGGGCAGGGGUCCCCUCUCUUCCCACAUCCUCGCAGAAGCGACUGGACGAUGGCAGUGCUCGCUUCACCACUGCAAACUUUCAGGAAGUGUCGUCUGCUCUCUCCGUCGGGAGCUCCAAGGACGGCCUGGCUGCGGACGCUGGGAAGGCGGCGUCUGAGGCAAAGAACAAGAAAAACAGCGCCGGAAGUCACGUGGUGGGAACGAGGGGUGGCCGCAAGUCUCUCACCUCCUCAGGGAAACCCCUCCCCUCUGCCGUGGUCACCAUGGCAACCUCCUCCACAUCUGCCUCUGCUUCCACAGGGCCUUUCCACCAAGGCCUGUUGUUGACCAGUGCCAGCAAGACGCCCUCUGCUCCUUCGUCCUCAGAUUUUCUAAGUUUCUCAGAUUCAUCGUUGCGUCCUGGGGGUGGGACCACCUUCUCCUCCCCGCCGUCUUUCAGCAGCUGCCUUGUGAAACCUAGCUCGGAGGGCGGAGCUUCAGAAGGAACCACGACACUGUUUGGUUCUCUUGUGUCUGCCACUACGGCUUCUGCAGUGGGCGGGAAGCUGUAUGAGAAUUCCCACAGUCUCACAGCCAGCGAGACGACAAGCCUCGGUGUGUCUGCCGGCUACAAACGGCCCCAGCCCUCCAGCUCAGGACCGGUGAUCGGAGCGGCAGCGGCAGGAGGAGGGGAGGACGGGGUGAAGAAGAAAAAAAAAGGCAACUGGCGAAACAGAUUCGGACCUUGCUUCACCACAGACGUGAAGCCCUCAGAGCCAGCGCCCUCCCUAACUCUCCCCACAUCCUCCACGGCCAAUACCUCCUCCUCCUCCUCCACCGCCUCCCCUUCGUCCUCUUCAUCCUCGGCGCUCUCAGGCCGGCCGGGCUUAGUCUCCAGCAGUGGAUUAGGAGUGGGAGUGGGAGUAGGAGGGGAGAGGGGGCUCGGGGUCAUGGGUGUCAGCGGCGGGAUUCAGAAGUCCCCGUCACUCCUCAGGAAUGGGAGCCUGCAAAGCAACAGCGGCUCCACAACCACUGGUUCAGGUGUUUUCUCUGGUGCUGAUGGGUCAUCGUCGGGGACAGCGGCUGUCGCCGUGGGUGGAGCCAGCUCCGAGUUGUCACAGCAACAGCAGCCCACACCUUCCCUAGCCACGCCCUCUCCAUUCACUGCCACUGCACCGCUAACCAGCACAGCCUCCACACACGUGAGCGGUCUGCCAGGGUCCGUCUUCAACCUGGCCCCCUCCCACAUGUUUGGCAACAGGCUGAACCCCAACUCGGCCAUGGCGGCGGCACUCAUUGCCCAGUCAGAGGCCUCACCAGCAGAUCAGGAGGCGGGAGACGGCAGCAGCAACAGCGGCGGCGUCGGAGCUCAGGGCUUCUCCAUAAGAGCUUCUCCCAAGACCACCCCGCGCUCUCCCAUUGGUGGCUUGCAGAUCCGCUAUGACUCCUCCGGGUCGUUGCCGGGGCCAGGGCUGGGGGCUAGGGCGGGGGGAGGUGGUGGUGAGACGCUGCCCCCGGUGGCCACCAGCAUAGAGCAGCUCCUGGAGAGGCAGUGGAACGAGGGGCAGAGCUUCCUGCUGCAGCAGGGAGCACAGGGAGACGUGGUGGGCAUGUUGAAGUCUCUCCAUCAGCUGCAGGAGGAGAACAGGAGGCUGGAAGAGCAGAUCAAAACUCUGACCAUGAAGAAAGAAAGACUGCAACUUCUCAGCGCUCAGCUAUCAGUGCCUUUCACCCCCACCACGGCAUCCUCAGAUGUGAAGGGAGCCCAGCUGGGAGCCACUGACUCAUCUUUACCUGUGGCAGCUCAGGACAGUGCUUCAUGUGGUGGCCACAGCAGCGGUGGCUCCACCUCCUCUCUGUCGACCCCUCCCUCGGUCUCCCAGAGUCCGCCCCAGCCACAGCUCAACGGGGUCGCCGCCGUGGGGACAAACCCGGCCGGGCUGGGCGGAGUGGCAGGACUGAUGGGCGCUCUCGGUGCAGGGAGCGCUCUGGGAAUGGGGGGAAUCGUCGGGGCCCUGAACGGGGUGAUCCAGACACCGGCGGGCACCGCCAGCCCACACACACACACUACUGGAGCAGCUACAGCCGUCACACUGCCCGUCAAUAACAGCAGCUCAGCAACUAGUAAGAACAGCGCUGCGCGGCUCGGCCUGCUGUCGGAGCAGCAGAAACUCCUCCUGCAGCAGCAUCAGCUACAGCAGCUGCUGUCCUCACAGCCUUCAGCGGAGCAGCAGCAGGUGUUGCUCUACCAUCUGAUGCAGCAGCAUCAGGACUUUCAGCAGCUGCAGUCCCUCUCCUCCUCUGGCCAGAUUCCCUCCAUCCCGCUCUCCUCCACUCAGUUGCCCAUCAACAACCUGCUGCCCAGCGCUCAGAACCAGGGCCAAGGCGCCAUCACCGCCAACCCCUUCCUGGCGCUACAGCACGCACACACUGACACACACGCCUCAGGGGCGCAGAAGCCACGGCUAGCUGAGAAGGCCGUGGGCAUCGCAGGGCAGGAGAAGACAUGACGGCAGUUGUUUGUUUUUUUGGUUGUUGUUAUUUUUUGAAUAAAUAUGCAGAGUUUUUGGGAGAUCAGCCUGUUGGUCAACUUAGCGAUUCAGUGAUGAGAACAUUGGCAGCAGGAAAAUCUGUGUCCCUUGUAGAUUAUUCUUUCCAGUGAUUGAUAGCAGAUGUAAUAGCAGAAGACAAAAAUAAUACUGUAUAUAUACGUAUAGGUUUUUUUGUCUUUUGCAGUCACUAACUGCAACAAAGUAAGCUUUAUUUUUGCAACAUUUCCAGCUUUUAAUAUUUGUGUAAAUUAGUAAUAGUUUAUUUCCAUCCAAUUUUAGAUGAGUUUUUAGUUUUUGUGCUGCUUUAAAAUCUUUUUUUCACAGUUGAGGUUAUCAUUUUCAUUUAAUAUCACUGGUAGCAGUUUAGUUAGUGUCAGUAUGUAGCAUCAGACACAUGAUGUUUCUCUGCUCUUCUCUCAACAGGUGAGUUGGCCAACAAGUCAGCUCCCCAGAAACCUUUUCUUUAA